AUGGACAUUUCGGACUUAGCCAAGAAGCUUGCAUUAUCAGAUUCCAAACUCCUCAUCCGAAAAGCCUCCGAACUCCGCCGUCUCUGCGACGUCCAGUUCGAUUCUUCCAUCAUCGGAAUCGGCGAGGUGGCCAAAGCUCUGAUCUGUUUGGAAAUCGUGGCCAACAGAUUCGGCGUUCUCUUUGAUCGAUCCUCUGCGGUGAGGCUCAGUGGCAUGUCCGAAAGGGCUUACAUCAGAUCCUACAAUUCCCUCCACAAUGGCCUCGGCGUCAAGAUGAAGCUCGAUGUGAGAGAGUUAGCCAUUCAGUUCGGUUGCGUUCGUAUUGUUCCUUUUGUUCGCGACGGCAUAAAGCUUUAUAAGGAUCGGUUUCUUUCAUCUUUAACAGCAUCUCGUCGUGCGAGUGCUGACUUUACUCGUCCUGUGUUCACCGCUGUUGCUUUUUAUUUAUGUGCGAAGAAACACAAGCUCAAAGUAGAUAAGCUUAAGUUAAUUGAAGUCUGUGGUACAUCUGAAUCUGAGUUUUCUAGUGUUUCUACUAGUAUGAAGGAUUUAUGUCAUGAUGUUUUUGGGGUUGAUAAGGAAAAGAAAGAUCCCAGGGAAAUAAAGUCAAAUCGAGAUCUGCUUGAUGUGCUGCCAAGUAAAAGGAAACUCGAUGAUGGUGGUUAUUUGUCUGAUGAUGGGCCAGAGCUUUCAAGUUAUAAAAAACGUAAACAUAAGGAAAACCGUGAUUAUGAGAAGUGGAAAUCUUCUGUGCUUGCGUCCAAUAACCAAAAGAAGCCAGAAGCACCUUGCAAGCGAACCAAGCAGACUCGUCUCAACUUUCUCAAGAAAGCUUCCGAGACCCAGAACCAGAAGGUGGAGGCUACGUGAGACUGAGAUGGCAUUCCGUCGUGUUGUGGUGAAAGAUGAUUUUGGA